AUGUCUUCGUUAUCUGUCUAUCACAGUCUAUUCAUUAUCUAUCUAUCUAUCUAUCUAUCUAUCUAUCUCCUCUUCUGCCCAUCAUCGCCUUUCAAUUUUCCUCUUCAUGUUCUUAAUCUAUAUAAUCCACAUCAUCUGCUGCAUUUCGAAGUUCUUUCUCUUUCCUCUUUUUUCUAUCUACGUUUGUCAUUCUUUUUUUUCUUUUUCUAUAUUUCGCUUUCCUCAAUUCAUCCUUUCAAUAAUGAGACGUUUUCUUAUUCCAUUUGUGCACAAACCUAUCACCAUUUUUCCUUCUUUUAUUCCGUUUGUAUUCUUAUUCUUGAAAUCUUUUCUCGUUCAACACAUCAAUUCAAUUUGCUUCCAUCAUUUGGCUUGAUGUCCCUGUUCUUAAUUUUCUCAAUGAGCAUAUUCAUAUUUCUAUUAUUAUUAUUCCAUUCUCAUUCCCGUUCUUUAUAUUCAGCAAAACCGCCUUCUUUCCGAAUGCUUUCUCUUUCCGCAUCUCAUUCGAUUUAUCGUUAA